UGCGUAAACAAAGAAGAAGAAAACCCCGUGAAAGGGGCGGGGUCUUGUUGGAGGCAAAAACCCCCCUCAAAGGGUUUUCGUUCAUCAUAGUUCAAAAUCAACAUCCAAAUUGCACUUUGUGGCAUCUAACAGUGUACAGGACAGAACUGUUGUGAAAAGCAAACAUGGAUGCAGGGGAAGAUCAAAACACAAACAGCACCAAUGGAAAUACUCAGACAAGUGGGAACUCCCGAGCACCUCAGAUAGCACACAUGUCUUUGUAUGAGAGACAGGCUGUUCAGGCUCUUCAAGCGUUGCAAAGACAACCAAAUGCAGCUCAGUAUUUCCAGCAGCUCAUGCUGCAGCAGCAAAUCAACAAUGCCCAGCUCCAAAACCUGGCUGCUGUGCAACAGGCAACGCUUGCAGCCAGUCGCCAGUCUAAUACUACAAGCAACAGCAUGUCUCAGGUUCCCACCACUGUCAAUCAAAGCACCACAUCUACAGGAGGGACCAUGAGCAGCCCGCGGGCGCAUGGUCCAGCAACCUCUGCAGCCACGACGGCUCUCAACCAGUCAGUGCUGCUGGGCGGAAACUCAACCGGACAGGGCCAGAUGUAUCUCAGGGUAGGUGUAAAGGUAAACCGUUCUCUUAGGGCUCCUCUUGCCUCCCAGCUCAUCUUCAUGCCUGGUGCUACAACAGCUACAGUUGCAGCUGUUGCACAAACACAACCUCAGCAGCAGCAGCAACAUGAUGCCGUUUCCACCAAUUCGAGCGCCCAGUCUGACAAUGAUCAGGUGCAGAAUCUAGCUCUGACGUGUGCGUCCACCCUUAAAGCGACAGCUGUCAAAUCUGAGCUUCCUGAGAGAAGCGAUGCUGCUGGUUUUACUUUGGCUCAGCAGCCGCACUCUGUACCCCCGACAGCUCAGCAGCACCAAGUGCAACCACAACAGCAGCAACAAAUGUCCAAACCCAGCUUUAACCAGCAGCCUGGCUCCAACCCAAUGUCUGGAAAGGCUGCACUGACCGUUGACCCAUCUGCCUCCAUCGCUCCGUCUUCCACCUCCUCAUCUGCACUUCCUCUCUCCCAGCUGCUCCUCUCUCCCUCUGCUGCCCCUUUAAUUUUGGUGCCCACUUCGAAUGUGGCCACCUCCACCCCGGGCUACCCAAAGGCCAACAUGAACGCACAGACUCUGGUGGUGCAGCCCCUUCAACAGACCACUUCCAGCGCGGACAAGGGUCCUGUUCCUAUUCAACCCAAAGCAGCUCAGGGACACCGCCUGCCUGUGCAGCUGUCACCUCGACACCCACCUCCCAUUCUCCCAGCUCCACCUAGCAACAGUCAGACUAGCGCUGGGGGUGCACAUAUUCCUGUCCAGCUUGUGGGAGCCAGGCAGGGCUUAACAGGAAACACAGCAGCUGGGGGCCUGGCCCAGACUCGAAGCAGCGUGGCCCAUGAAGCUCCACCUGGUGGAGCUGUUGGCCCAGUCUCCUACAGUGCAGCUAUGGCAAAGCCAGUCGUCGGUUCUCUGAAGAGGAAAUCUGACUUUGAUGGGACAGAAUCUCCCGAUUGUGUGAAAGAUUCUGCUCCCCCUCUAUCUCCUGCCCCCACAAAAGACUCGGCCCCCUCUACAGAAGCUCCAUUCUCAUCUCCUCCCAUCCUGUCCUUGCCCCCACCCUUGUCAAGAGUGGGGCAUGGCGACAAAGAGCGGGCGCCCCUUCCCCAGGCGGUGGUCAAGCCUCAAGUUCUCACUCACCUCAUUGAGGGGUUUGUGAUUCAGGAGGGAGCAGAGCCGUUUCCUGUUGUUGGACUUCUCAAAGACAGAGACUUUGCCCUGGCUGGCCGCACAGAGAAUGGCCCUCCAUUAUUGAAAUGUGAAUACUGCGGAUGCCUCGCUCCAGCCAGUCAGUUCAGAGGUUCUAAGAGGUUCUGCUCCAAUACUUGUGCCAAGAGGUAUAAUGUGAGCUGCAGCCAACAUUUCAAGUCGAGCAGAAGGAGAACGGCACCGCCCUCCUUACCCACAGAGCGCCACAGGGGGUCUGUUCGCAGUAACAGCUACACUAAAAUCUCUAACAAGCGUCUUACUGUCAAGCGGCACUCUGAAUCCAGUCACUCGGAGGACGUAUCAAGCGACGGCGAAGAAGAAGAAUCUCCUUCGCUCUCCCCAAACUCCUCCCGCUCCUGCUCCAGAGCCGACCACAGCGCUCCUCAUUCCGACUGCUCCGCUCCUGGAAGCCUGCCUCUAGAGGGAGCCAGUUUUCUAUCUGCCACUCCAGCUCAGUGGAGCGUAGAAGAAGUCUGCCGCUUCAUUUCCUCUCUUCAAGGUUGUGAAGAACUGGCUCCUCAGUUCCUGUCACAGGAAAUAGACGGGCAGGCGCUCCUGCUGCUGCGUGAGGACCAUCUAAUCUCCACCAUGAACAUUAAGCUGGGUCCAGCUCUGAAGAUCUGUGCCUCCAUCAACAGUCUGCGAGAAUAAGAGCUUUGCUCUCACGACUCAACUGUUGGACUUUAAAAAAAAACUGAGAUUCUUAAAGAAGGUGCAAAGGCUUUUUUCUUAUAAAACCACCAGUGCCCCAUCAAAUCCAAGAUGGAUUGUUUACUUUAUAUGUGCAAAAAACGGCACCCUGUUGCAUGUGUGGAGCCUGCCACAGUUUGAAGGAUGCACAUCUUGAAUUUUCUCUUCCGCUAUGACUGAAGUUAUUGUCUUUUUUUACACUUUUUUUGUUUUACUCUCGACAAACUGCUCCAUAUCAUUCUGUCUUCCUGCUCAAAGAAAUUCACCCAUCAGUGUAUUUCAAAAAGAGCUUAAACUUGUUUACUUUUGCUACUUGAUUUAAAAUCAUUUCCACCAUUCUGUUACAUUUAUUUUUGUAGUAUUUUGUGCAUGUACUUUUUGUACCCAGGCUCUAAGCUCAUUAAGACACUCAGAAAGCCUGACAUUAUGCUUAGUUAGCAGUUAUUCACAUUUUUUUAGGAUAAUCCCAUUUAUUUUGUCAUGAAAACAAUGUAGUUGUAUUUUUUUAUUUUGUUUUAAUCGACUGAAUUACUUGAAAACGGC